AUGGCGCUUGCCCCCCCGCUGCUGCACCCCUCGUCUGUGCCGCUGGCCGUGGUCGUCAUGGGCCCCUCGGGCACGGGGAAGAGCACAAUUGGCCCCCGCCUCGCCCAGGAGAUGGGCUGGCGGUUUGUGGAGGGCGACGACUACCACCCCGCCAGCAACGUGCGAAAGAUGGCGGCAGGCGCGCCGCUGACGGAUGAGGACCGCCUGCCGUGGCUGCGACGGCUGCGCACGGAAGUCAUCGAAGGUGUCGCAGCGGAGGCGGGCAGCGGCGUCGUGCUCGCGUGUUCCGCGCUGCGAAGGUUGUACAGGGACCUGCUGCGCGCAGACAACUCGGGCGACGGCGGACGCGUCAUUGUCUUUUUUGUCGAGCUUGUCGGCGACGCCGGCCUCGUUGCUCGGCGCAUCCACCGGCGACGCCACGCGUACAUGCCGGCCAGUCUGCUCUCCUCUCAGUACGCCUCGUUUGAGCCGCUGCAGCUGGAGAAGGAUGAGCUUGGGAUGCGCGUCUCCGUGGCGCUGGAGCCUGCGGAGAUUGUGCGCCGUGUGGCGGCGGAAUUGCGGCGGAGGCGGUGGCUGCACCUUUAG